AUGUCUCACUCUCAACCAUCGCCCUCGGUGGUGUUUGCCAGCUUACCCGAGCUUGUGCGCUGCCUGGCCGAACAGAUCUAUAGUACCCGGGAGCUUACAACACUCUGCCUUGUCAACAAGACCUUCAACGCUGCCAUCACGCCUGUCCUGUACCGGCAGCUCACCAUCAGCGGGAGCACCGGACAUGCCGCUGUCAGCCUGCAGCUCGCACUCGCCAGCACCAAGAAAUAUGACCAUGUCCGAGAGCUCCUUGUCCGCGGUUCCGGCAACCGCGGUAGUUCUGAUUUCCAGAGCCUUGUCUCGCAGCUAUUACCCAGCUUAUGGCGUGGCGGAUCCAGCCCAUUACCAGUGGUCGUCCUUAGCGCCCUCCACAAAUCAAGCCCGGCCAUCAAAAUCAUCCACAUUGACUUCCCCAAAGACAUGGGCCAGAGGCUGGGUUACAGCGACUUCCCACCGCCUCCGGAUGUGCAGCUAGAGCAGCGCAGGCUUUAUGAGAAGCCUAACCUGACCGUGUUCUCGUGCCUCGAGGAAUUAACACUGAACAAUCUCCACGAAGAGCUGCCUUGGUGGAGGGCGCAAGUUGCCCAAGUGCUCCGAAACUCACCGCGUCUCCGGUCGCUAGAGCUAUCCCUUGCGGACCAGACACUUGAACACUACAACAAAAGGAACGAGAGGGAGAAAUUUGAAGGGUUUUUCGACCAGUUGUGUGACGACUAUGGGCAAACGGGAGCCGCGCCGCUGCGCCUCCAGUCAUUGCAACUCGGCAACGCUGUGUAUCCGUACAGUCUCGACUCUUUGCAGAGGCUUACCGACCUCCGCUUUCUCGAGCGAGUCCAUAUUGAGAACGUCGGGGUGUGGCACGGCGGGGUCAUCAUCAGCAUGUACGACGAUGGUGACGAUAGCGGCAUUAUCUUUGACGCCUUUGGGCCCGCCCAUUGUCCUAAUCUACGCCAUCUCAGCGUUGCUGGCUACCGAAAAGACGUGCAUAGAUCCCUGGCUGCUCUGGAUCCUUCCUCCGCAAGGAGGCUGGCCAUCUUGUGCCCGGAAAUGACCACUGGCUAUGAGUCGGCUGCCCUUCUCCGACCUAACCCGCUCUAUCCCUCCCUCCCGCUACACGUGCGGAUGCUCGAGAUGGAGCUGCGGCGCAAUCAGGUUCGCUUAUUUAGUAACGACGGCCGCCUCUUGAACCACGAUGAGAUCCCCUCUGCCAAACAAGUGCUUGAGGACCUAGUGUCGGGAGAUGAUGGCACGCUAGAAGGCCUUGUCGUCCACCUGACCGAGAGCCCAGGGCCCAAGAUUGAUUUCGACGAGUUGGAUCUUCUUGCCGAUGCUCUUCAGAAGCUGGAUAAUCUUGCCCAGCUCGCAGUCAAUAUCAACGAUGAAAAGCGUGUCAGACGCGAAGCCGCAAACAGAGCUGUUCGAGUACUCGCCACAGCAGCACCCCGUCUCCGCUACAUUAGGCUGUACUCGUGGUAUUGGAGAGUGUGGCGGGCCGCAGGCGACACCAACGUCAGAUUGGAGGAGCUGGAUGUCUCUGAGGUUGAACAUCACCGCCCCGUCCAGCCCCACAGGCAUCUUCCAGUCGCCUUUGGUGGUGACGACGGUGUCGAGGCGGUGGGCGAGGGCGCCGUGCAGGGGGGUAGGGUUAGGGGCGCUGUGAAGAGGGUGGUGGUGAUGGUGUUGUUGGUGUUGUUAUCGGCGGCGGUGUGGACGGAGUCCGCGGAGGCCGGGAGCGGGAAGGGAAGGGGGGUGUCGUUGACGGUAUACGCUAGCUCGGGGGAGGAGAAGACGGCGGGGGUGGUGGUCGCGGAGGAUAGGCCGGCGGCGAGGGCUUCGAGGACGGAGUCUGUUGCCGAGCGCAGCGUGGCCCACUGGCAGCGUUGUUGUUGGGCGUGGACGGGCGUGGGUAGGAGGGUGAGGGUGAGAGGUAGGAGGAGGAGGUGCAUUGUGGCUGGGGAGGUCGCGAUCUCGGGCUCUGGUGCCGGUGCUGGCGGUGAGAAUGGUGAUCGCGGAUGGGUGUUGCGGUGUGGGAAUGGUGGGAGCAGUGGUUAUGGUGUUGCCGCGCACGGUGGCUGCACCGCGGCUGCUUGCGCAUGA